UCUAUUUACAAGAUUAUCUACUCCCUUCCGCCACCAAUAAAACACGACAUAAAUUAAAUUACACAUCAGUCGUAGAAAGUAUUUGUUUGUUAUAGUUGUGUUGCGCGCUUUAAAUACUAUCACACAAUGAAUCACCAAUAUUCAUUGGAUUCCGAGAGCGACUACGAAGUAUGUCCGCUGAGGGCAAACUCUUGCGCAUUACCUUUCGACCCGACCAAUAUAGAAAACAUUAUAUUAUCAAUUUGCGACAAUUUUGACUUCAAAGUCAUUCUAAAUGAUAAUAGGGCCAAAGGCGCGUUGUUGAUAACAACCGGGCUUGCAUUGGCAGGAGGGCUUAUAGGCCGCCAUUAUGGUGGAAAGGUUGGAGCUAUGAUCGGUGGGGCAGUUGGAGGUGGCUGUGGACUUGGUAUUGUUGCUGUAUCCAUGCGAGAAAUAUGGCAAGACGUCAAAGAGAAAUUAUCGGAGCUAUUCGACAUCGUGUAUGAUUACCUCGCGGGUUUGGGUCUUGACGACUAUCGCAGGGCGGCCAUGUUCCUCACCAACCACAGCGGGACCAGCGCGCAACUCGCCAUGGUUAUCUUGGAGACUGCAUCCAGCAUCCUCGGUAAACAGAUCACAUCUCGACUGGCUGUUGCUUAACUUAAAUAUACUUUACUGUUAUGUUUUGUGUAUAAUGCUUUAUGAGUAUUAUGGUAAAUUUAUAGUUAUGAUUUAUUAUUGGACUGUAUUAAUGUAAGGUAUUUUAAUAUGUUCUUAGUGAAAUUAUAAAGAAAUGAAUGAAAUUAACAAGUGAAUAUUGUAAACGGCUGCACCGCAUGUAUGUUUCAAAUGUAUACGUCAUACAUAACACAGGUGGCGAGUGUUCAAUUUUUUAAUUAGGCAUGGGUGCAAUUGAUAAAUAUUUUAUAGAAAUUUAUUCUUUAUACUGUCACAUAACUACAUAUUUUAUUAUUUUCCCUUUUCCUUUCCUUCCUUAUUUAUACUUACUGUUACUUUUAUUUUAUUUUUAAAAUGUUUAUCAACUGCUUACGUUUUAGUGCCUAAACUAAAAUUGACUUAGUAAUGUAUUAUGAUGUUAAUGUAUUAAGUACAUCUGUGAUAUUAUGUUGGCAUUAAAUUGAAUAAUAAUUAUGACUAUUGUAAAUUAGUUCGUAAGUUAUGAAUAAAUGAUAAUGUAAUAAAUAAUGUUAAGAAAUCCUCAAUAAAUGUUUUAUUCCGAA